AAUGAAUUAAAAAUUUAUUGAUGUUAGUACAAGGAUACUACAAGCCAUACAAAACAAAUACAAAUGUAGUGGCGUAACCCUUAUGCUCCACAAAAAGUUGAAACGGCAAAAAAAUUCAAGACAGCGGUAGAACACAUGGAUAAGGAAAGGAAAAACAAGCUUAUCAGGGCAAAGGAUACAACCACCACUUCUUCCAUGGAUCCUGGCAUAACACAUACAUUUACAUCAUGAAUUUUUGCCCUGUUAUCCAGAAAAGUAAAGUGAGAAAGAGUAAGAAGACUGCUACUCACAUUUGUUGCAGCUACUAUAGACUACACAUGAAGAGUAGAUACAUCAAGAUGAUAAACUAGGCAAUAUGGGACUGUCGAUACCGUGUUAAGAUUCAAUACCCAUUUGAACUUGAAGUAUUACUGACCUGAAAAUGGAAAAGGAUAUACCUUAGCCAUGGAAUGCCUUGGACUUCCGACUCAAUGAGAACUAGAUAACAUAGAUUGAGCCAUACAGGGUUAGAUUAGCUUAAAAUUUUUAUACUUUAAGCAUUACCUACCAUAACCAGGUCCCAGAUAAAGCUAUGAAUAAAAUUAUGCCUAGAAGUGCAUUGAAAAUGUAUACCGAUGGAGGACUAGGCUUGUGCAUCAGUGGAGGCGUUUCUGGGAAUAUGAAUAGAUCCUUUCGGUCACUACCGGCUAACCCUUUUGAAUGCAUUUUCAACCGCUUUUUCGGACUGGUUUCUCGUGCAGUUUUGUGGUCUAUAUUAGAUUCCCUGAUGGCAUUUUCAUUUUGGGGCAGAUGCACUGCAGUGACAGGUUCUUUAACAUCUCGGGCCUGCAAAAUGAACUCGUGCUUUAUUAAAUGAAAUUCUGAAUCCAAAUCGGGGUUUCAUUUGAAGAACUUCUUUCCUCCAUUAAUAUACAGAUUAAUCCCUGUAUUUUCAAUUAAUGCAUCCUCACCUUGUCUCCGGAUAAUUUCAACUCCCGGGGGUUUCUUUCUGGAACAGGUUCCUUAUCUAUUAAAUUAAUAUUCUUUAUUUGAUAUUGAGAUUUGUGGGUUCUCAUAUCAACCGGAUAUUCUUGCUCUUCCAAGGCAAUGCUAUUCAUGAAAUCUGGUGUACUUGCCGCAGAGCUGAUAAAAGUAGUGUUUUCUCUGAACUGUUCCUGCACAGGAUGCUGUACAGAGGAGAGAGUUGUAGAUGAUACUUCAACUGGUGGCAAUUGCCGGAAUGCACUUGAACCAGCAUGAUCAUCUUCUGGCCAGAAACACUGUGGCAAAAAUCAAUAAGUAAGUCACAU